AAGGGUUUUUUUUUUACGCGACUUGAUGUCCUUCCACUUUGUCCCACAUUCUUGUUUGGAAAUCUUAGUAAUAAAUGAUGAGUUUUGACAAUAUCAACACAAUUCGCGAUCUAGAUAGCCGAUAUUAUGGUUUUUUAGACCUAUGCGAUCCGAAAAAUGUGGAUGUUAAAAGUCUUGUUCAACAAUUAAUCACCAAAGUGCAGGAUGAAGUAGCUAGAUGUCAUUCCGAUAUAACUGAAGAGCUUGUGCCAAAGUCAGUUUUCAUUAAAAUUGAAGAUUCAUCUUUAUACACCGGCAAUCAACACAGCAAUUUAGUACCUGGAGAAAAAUGGAAAAUAGGCAAAAAAAAAAUUUAUCACGACGAAAAUGACUUUAGGGAGGAAUAUGCAAAUGCUUUUUGCAAGCUUGGACAUUUACAUCUUCUCCUGUGUGAAUAUUCUGAAGCCCUAUCAGCUUAUCAAAAGUACCUCAAAUUUUGCCAAAUGUAUUGGACCAACCACGACUUUCUUUAUGGAAUAGGCAUUGCAUACUUUAAGCUCCGAUGCUUUAAGUGGGCAACAAAAGCAUUUCAAGAACUUUUAUAUUUGAAUCCUAAUUUCACAUGUGCGAGCGAAGUUCAUUUGCGAUUAGGACUUAUGCUUAAAGUUUACGGCGAAUAUUCCACUGCCUUAAAACAUUUUCAAUUGUCCCUAAUUGGUAAUUCAGCUACAACUUAUAGAAAUCAUCAAGUUAAAUUUCAAAUUGCUCACCUUUAUGAGAUACAAAAUAAACACAAGGCUGCGAAGGAAGCUUAUGAAUUUCUAUUAAUUGAGAAAAAUCUCUCAUCAGAUCUGAAAGCGGAUAUAUAUAGACAAUUAGGAUGGAUGCACCAUUGCGUCGAAUGCCUAGGAGAAAAAAAGGAUCGAGAGACUAGCGCUUUAUUUUUACUACAAAAGUCAAUUGAAGCGGAGCCUAAAAGUGGGCAAUCUUUAUAUCUAUUAGGAAGGUGUUAUGCCGGAAUUAACAAAGUUCAUGAUGCAUUUUUGGCAUAUCGGAACUCUGUAGAAAAAAGUGAAGGAAACGCUGAUACUUGGUGUUCAAUUGGGGUUCUGUAUCAACAACAAAACCAACCUACAGAUGCACUUCAAGCUUACAUAUGUGCAGUUCAAUUGGACAAAGAACAUAAGGCAGCCUGGACAAAUUUGGGAAUUCUUUAUGAAAGCUGUGGUCAACUACGGGAUGCGUACGCCUGCUACCUAAAUGCAACUAAAAAAUACUCAAAUCAGAGUACUUGUACAGAUGAAAGAUUAUGUAUUAAGAAUGACAGAUUGACAAAAGGAUUAUUGCAGAGGGUAAAGUUUCUCCAAACUCAAUUGGGACAAGCACCUCUGCCCAGUAUAACAUCAAAACGAAGACAGCUCUGUUCCAUAGAAGAAGCUUGGAAUCUUCCUAUUUCAUUAGAAAUGAAUUCACGGCAGCAACAACAGCAAUCUCUACAAAUGCAUUCAAAACAGUAUACGAAGAACACACCUUUGCAGGGACCGCCACCACCAUACCCGCAUAAUUAUGAUAGUCAAAGCCCAUUGCCUGCAAAACGGGAUAAAUGUGACAAUAUUGAAGAAAAUCGAUCAGUUCAAGACUUCCCAAUUGCGAAUGCAUUAAGUGAUCCGCAACACCUAAUUAUUCAAAAUUUAAACUUAGAAGAACACCCGAUACAAUCAAAUAAAUUAUCGUCUUACCCAAUAAACUUACAGGAAAAUAAAGUUAUGGGGGACAAUGCAACUUCACCAUCGUACAUUUCAAAAAUAAAACAUGCUAUUACAGUAAAUGAAGAAUAUGAUGCCAAAAACAUAGCACAAAUGUUUUGCAAAUAUACUAUAAAUUCAUUAGAUACCACGGAUACUUUUACGGAGGACAUAUUAAACACUUGCAAAAAAGGGGAAAUAGUUAAUUCGUCGAUAAAAAUGCCAAAUGAAAUUAAAGUCGAAGCUGUUAAUAUUCCACUUUUAUGUAGUAAUGAAACAAAUUAUAAACCUCAAGAAGUUAAAAAAAACGUAGAACUUGAUAUAUCCACUGUCAAAGCGGACCUAUCACCUGCUUUUAAAACAAAUAUGGAUUCAAGUCAGUUGUUAUUGGCCGUCAAGGAUUUGACUAUUGACGAGCCGCCAGUUUGUUACACGAUUCUUAAUUCAAAUUCUCCCCCACCUUCACCACCGGAUUGCCCUCCACAAAAAUUAUCGAGAGACCAACUUUUACCACCAACACCUUCGGUUCAUUUGGAAAACAAAAAAAAUGCAUUCAGCCCACAAUUACAGGAGUUUUGUUUAAAACAUCCAAUAGCCGUUGUGCGGGGAUUGGCAGGAGCUUUGAAACUUGAUUUGGGACUCUUCUCAACGAAAACAUUGGUCGAGGCCAAUCCUGAUCACAGUGUUGAAGUCAGAACUCAAGUACAUCAGUCACCAGAUGAAAAUUGGGACUUAUCUCAGGCAAAACGAGUUUGGGCUUGCAUAUCACAUCGAUCACAUACAACGAUUGCAAAAUAUGCGCAAUAUCAAGCUUCAAGUUUUCAAGACAGUCUUAAGGAGGAAGGAGAUAAAGGGUUUGCUGGUUCACAAGUUUUGUCAGAUUCUGAUUCUAAAGAUUCAAUUUCAAAUUCUAGCGUAAGCUUGAAACGAAAAAGAUCGAAAACCAGCAGUAAAAUGUUAAGAUUUGGAACAAACGUUGAUUUAUCUGAUGAACGAAAAUGGAAGCCUCAAUUAAGUGAACUUCAAAAACUGCCAGCUUUCGCUCGAGUUAUAUCAGCUGCCAACAUGUUGUCUCAUGUGGGUCAUGUUAUUUUGGGAAUGAACACCGUUCAAUUGUAUAUGAAAGUGCCUGGAAGUAGAACUCCUGGUCAUCAAGAAAAUAACAACUUCUGUUCUAUAAAUAUAAAUAUUGGUCCCGGUGAUUGUGAAUGGUUUGCUGUACCCGAUGCCUACUGGGGUGGAAUUCAUAAUUUGUGUGAAAAGAACAACAUUAGUUACUUACAUGGAUCGUGGUGGCCUGUAUUAGAAGAUUUGUAUAAAGAAAACAUACCAGUUUACAGAUUCAUACAAAAACCAGGAGAUUUAGUUUGGGUAAAUGCUGGGUGUGUACACUGGGUCCAGUCGAUUGGCUGGUGUAACAACAUUGCCUGGAAUGUUGGCCCGCUGACAGCACGUCAGUAUUCUCUUGCUGUAGAACGAUAUGAGUGGAAUAAAUUGGAAAACUUUAAAAGUAUUGUUCCCAUGGUUCAUUUAAGCUGGAAUCUUGCCAGGAAUAUAAAAGUAUCUGAUGCAAAGCUUUUUGAAUUGAUAAAAAUGUGCUUGUUGCAAACGUUAAAGAAUGUGUUUCACAUUCAGGAAUUCGUAAAGUCUAAAGGAGUAGAAAUACGUUUCAAUGGUCGAGGAAAAAACGAAGCUUCCCAUUAUUGCGGACAGUGCGAAGUUGAAGUUUUCAACGUUUUGUUCAUAAAGGAACAGGAAAAGCGACAUGUAGUUCAUUGUCUGCCAUGCGCAUUGAAAUUGUCCCCAUCGCUUCAAGGAAUCGUUUGCUUGGAAGAGUACCGAUUGACAGAGUUGCAGCACGUCUAUGAUUCAUUUGCAUUAUACAGAACUCAAGGGCUUGGUUGAUCCUAUUAAUCAUAAGAAUACCAUGUAUUGGAAUUAAGUAAAACAUAAUAUUAAAAUAUGUUAGUUGAUUGAACAGUACUAUAGAUUUUUUCGACUAAAUUUAUGAACAUUAAUAAACAAAAAGUACUGAUUUUCACAAUGCUAAGAAUCAGUUUUCUGAACAUAUGA